AUAAAAAUGUUCUACAAUUCAAAGCUUCCAUCUGCUAUGACGGAUCAAAUAUUUACGAGAACGUAGCGUUUAUUCAAAAAGGACAGCUGGUGCGCAUGCGCAGUGAAGACAACAACAGCCCACUACAGCAAAAACAAUGGCGACUGCCGUGGAGAAUAUCGUUAAAGUGCUUGGAGAGCAGUACUAUAAAGAUGCUUUGGAGCAGUGUCACAGUUAUAACGCCCGGCUGUGUGCCGAGAGGAGCAUCCUCAUGCCCUUCCUGGACUCCCAGACUGGAGUCGCUCAAAGCAACUGCUACAUUUGGAUGGAGAAGAGACACAGGAGUGCAGGUACCACACCGGGACAGCUGUACACAUAUCCUGCUCGGCGCUGGAGGAAGAAAAGAAGAGCUCACCCACCAGAAGAACCUGCUCUGGUCUUUCCUCCACUCAAAGCUGCUGAGCUGGAACUGGGAAUGAAGAAAGAUGUGUUGGGGCCGGUGGAUGGGAGCAGUCUGGAAGCCUUGCUGAAAGGAGAGCCGCUGGAUAAAAGAGUGCCCACUGAGCUCAGACCGCCUGAGGAAGAAACCAGUCUGGCUGAGAUCACUGGAAGCAGCACGGCCAGCAGCCACAGCGGCUCCACACGCAUCAGGAAGAGGAUCCUUGAGCCGGAAGACUACUUGGAUGAUCUGGACGAUGAAGAUUUUGAGGAGGAGACUCCAAAAAGACGAGGAAAAGGAAAGUCUAAGGGUCGAGGAGUUGGAAAUGGAAAAAAGAAAAUGGAAGCUGCUGCAGCUGCCCAGGAAGAUCGAGACAAACCAUAUGCUUGUGACAUCUGUGGGAAACGCUAUAAAAACAGACCAGGUUUGAGUUACCACUACACUCACUCUCACCUGGCUGACGAGGAGGGAGAGGACAGAGAAGAACCUGAGAUUCACACGCCUGCGCCACCAGAGGAACCCAAGACCCCUAAGAAAGGACCAGAUGGCCUGGCGUUACCCAAUGACUAUUGUGACUUCUGCCUGGGCGACUCCAACAUGAACCAGAAAACAGGCCAGUCGGAGGAACUGGUGUCCUGCUCUGACUGUGGACGUUCAGGACAUCCUACGUGCCUGCAGUUCACCGCCGUGAUGAUGGCAGCUGUGAAGACUUACCGCUGGCAGUGCAUUGAGUGCAAGUGCUGCAACGUUUGUGGCACAUCUGAGAAUGACGACCAGCUUCUGUUCUGUGAUGACUGUGACAGAGGAUACCACAUGUACUGCCUCAGCCCUCCCAUGUCAGACCCUCCAGAAGGAAGCUGGAGUUGCCACCUGUGUCUGGCUCUUCUGAAGGACAAGGCCUCCAUUUAUCAGAGCCAAAACCCCGCGAUGGAGUGACCAUGAAAACAGUCUACCAUGAAGAAUGCGCAGCCCACACAUCCACACAGAAAUGCAUUGAGAAUGUUGUGAGAUUUUACAGAAUGAUGCAGACGUAGAAAGAGAAAUCAUUGGCCCUAAUGUAGCCAUUGUCUUCAUUUUGUUUGUUUUUAUUUCACUAACUGUUACACGCAUCACAAGCAGUGUUUGAAAUGAAAGAGUGCACAAAGGAGAAGUUUGAAAUGGAUUAUAAUACACUUCAUGCAUUAUGAGCAGUAUUUCCACAUUCCUUGAUGUUAGGGCCAAUGGUUCAGAUGAUUAAGCACCUGUUUAUGCAUUGCCAAAUAAUUCUUUUUUUAUUUUGUCUUUAUGACUCACUCAAGAUACAUUUGUUUACAUAGAGCAAACAUAUGACUUGAUCCUUCAAGGAUGUUAUGGAUUUAAAUAUUCAUUUGUACAAGAAGUGUAUCUCUCUUUAUCGUAUAUAAUUAUUUCUUGUAAGUUGUUCGUUCAGGAAGUAUUUGUGCCACGGUCCAGAUUCAAAAACCAGAAGACGGUGCUGUAUUUUUAUUUUUAUGAUCAUAUUGUUGUUUUUUUUCAGCAUUUUCUGGUUUCACUUAUCAUUUUAAUUCUAAAAACACUCUCAUAAGGCGGGUUAUCUUUCGUAGCAGAAUUUUGUAUGUGAUAUAACCAGUAUCUAUUAUUGUUGACUAACCAUAUUGAAUUAUCGUGAGUACUGUAUCGUUUUGUAUUUGUUUUUGGUAUUAAAUGUAAAUGCUGUA